CCGGCGGUAUCUCUACUGAGCGGUAUCAUACCGCUCAGUAGAGCUAAGAUGCUGGAGUGAAGCGGGCCGAGUAGCGUGGUUCGGUGGGAUCGAUGCAAUUUUUUUGAAAUUGUCAGGCCAACAGAUUAUUUUUCGGUGAAUGAUUUUAGUUCGGGCGAAUGCAGUGCAGUGCAGUUUUGUUAGUAAAUUUGUUUGUUGUUUCUUGGAUACACGAGUGUUGAAAAAGAUUUUAAUGAUGAUACCAUACAUCUUAUAAAUUUUAAGAUGAGCUGUUACAGUACGCAAGAGCACGUCUAUUUAGGAACGUCUUCUUAUAGGAUAGUGCUGCUAACUAUGUAACGUAACAGAAGGUGUAACUAAAACUACCCCAAUGGGUGCGAAUAUGGGUAAGAAUGCAUCGCUACUGGAUGCCUUGCCGUCCGGACAGGGCACUUUGCACGUGGUGAUGCUAGGGCUAGAUUCGGCGGGCAAAACCACGGCUCUAUAUCGACUCAAGUUCGAUCAGUACCUGAACACCGUCCCCACGAUAGGCUUCAACUGCGAAAAAGUUAAAGGGAUGAUAGGGAAGGCGAGAGGCAUCAACUUUUUGGUGUGGGACGUCGGCGGCCAAGAAAAACUGCGGCCCUUGUGGAAGAGCUAUACUCGCUGCACCGACGGUAUAGUGUUUGUGCUGGACAGUGUGGACGUAGAACGCAUGGAGGAAGCCAAAAUGGAGCUGAUUAGGACUGUUAAAUCCCCAGAGAACUCCGGUGUUCCGAUUCUGGUGCUGGCCAACAAGCAGGACCUUCCGGGUGCGCGAGAGCCCAAAGAACUGGAAAAGUUGCUGGGACUGUUGGAGUUGGGGGGGUGGGGGAGCCCCAGGGGGGCACCUGUGGCACGUGCAGCCCGCAUGCGCCAUCACAGGCGACGGGCUUCACGAAGGUCUCGAAGUGCUCUACGAGAUGAUUCUGAAGCGCAGGAAGCUGGCCAAAGAACGAAAGAAAAAGGCCAGAUAGGGGUGUUGUUAAACCCUUAGGGUUUCAAGCUGUUAGUCAAUAUGUUUUUUAGGAUUCGUAGGUUUUCUUUAGCAUAGAGUCCUUUAUGUUUUUGAUGGUUUUGCUGAAAUGUUCAUCAUUCUUAGAUGACAGAAACGAUCAAACAUAUAGAGGUUCUCAUAUAAAUUAGAGUUUUUGACUGAAUUUAGAAGAAUGAGAGGUUUGUUCUCGAUUGCGGGAUACGGUGGAGUGUGUCCGGUUAUUUAAUUAAUUUUUUAGUCUAAAAUUAAAACCACCACCUGCUUGCAAUUCUAUUAUCUAGAGUAAAACACAUUCAAUGUAAAAAUCAUGAAGCCUACACAAGUAGGCUCAGCAUGACACUAAUAAAUACACACAAACCGCAUAAUAUUGAAUGUUGAAAAUGACUUGAUCCCUGCUGUAUAUAUUUAAAAAAGGGGACGCAAAUAAAAGCACAAAGUAUACAGUGUGUUUCAGCCAUAGUGAUGUAAACUGAAAAAAAGUUUUGGAUUUUUCCUUAAUAGAGAUCAUAGAGUAAAGAGUAAUCAUAA